UUUUACUCUUCCUUCCAGAAUAAUUUAUAUCGGGACAACUUCUCAGACAUGCCCCUGUCUCUUUGGUCGGAAUCUCUUCUUCUUCUAUCAAUCAAUCAAUCUAUGUGACCAUCCAUUUCUAAGUGAAUCGUAAUGUCGUCGAUAUCUAUGGAGCUUCUUCCCGUUUUCUCCACUCUCCGAGCACCAUUGUUCACUACUCGUAUGCCUCUCCUUCCUUCUUCCGGCCUUUCAUUUUCGUCCGUUGGUGCUGCUACAUCGCGAUUGCAAUCCACCGCUCGAAAGGCGCGUCGGGUAUGCGUGAUGUGCUUGGUCAGAGAUUCGGCUUCUGCUGCUGAGACGUCGUCGUGGGGGAGAGAAGAUGAUGGGUCUGAGUUCUUCUACAUAGAGGUUCUUGUCAUCGGUAGUCGUAAGGAGUCUAUCAUUGAUUCCUGCUUGGAUUCUCCUUUUCCUUCUCUUCCUCUCCGCUUCUGGAGUAUUAGCAGAGACAGCUCUGGAGUUUCAGUCUUACAGCAGAGGCUCACUCACGAAGAUAAUGUUUUCAAGACCAUGAAUCCAAUUGAGCUUAUACAGUCGCGUCCAAAGGCCUUCAUCCUUGUGGCUAGUGCUGGAUAUGGUUCUGACCAUGUCGAAGCUAUUAAUAUUCUUAGUGCAGUCAGAUCUGAGGGUAGCUUAGCUGUUGCUGUGCUUUUAAAGCCUUUCAGCUUUGAAGGUAGAAGGCGUCUUGAAGAGGUUAACGAAUUGGCUAAAAAACUGCAGCAUCAUACUAGUUUCUCUAUAGAUAUUGACAUUGAGAUGUUACUUCAGAAGGAUUUGGUAACUUUGGAUGAAGCGCUGAGAAAUGCAAACAAUGCUGUCUCCAAGGCAAUUAAUGCAGCCUCUGCUCUUAUAAGCGGGAUGCAUGGAAACUUUAUCGACAUGAUGCAUAAAGAUCUUAAAGAACUUGAAAGCUCACAAGUUACAACGAUUCUAGAAAGCUACAAAGAGGCAAAAGUUGGUUUUGGGGCUGGUCACAACCUUAAGACUUCUAUUUUACGAGCUAUACACGAUUGCCCUUUCUUUCGCCCUGGUAUAAAGGAUCUAAAGGCUAUUAUAUGCAUUGUGGCUAGCUCGGUAGGUCUUCAGAAGAAGGACGUGAAAACAAUUCUCCGUACUUUUCGUCAAACAAUGGAGUACACUGGAGACAUCAUAGUAUCUACUGUUCAUGAACCUGAUCUGGAGCCUAAAGUCCUCGUCACAACUUUUUUUAUUCUAAGUUGUCCAGAGGAGGAAGCAUCCAGCAAAGGCAACAUUUUUUCUGGUCUUUUUCCUUUUGUUUUGAAUAUCUUCAAGAAAUAUCGUUCACAACUCCAAAAGGAAACAAACAUUGGACUUGGAGAAGCGAGGGUUGCGAUGGAAGAUUCAGCAGACUCUUCUGAAAUGAAAACAUCAAAUCAGAGGGUUGAAGUUGACUCCGAGGAACCCCUGGAAGUUUCUGAGAGUGGUGAUAGUGAUAGAGAGGAGGAACCAUCUAGAAACAGUCGCCUGGGUCUUGGAGAUGAGAAUAUAGAAGAUUAUGGUGCUAUCCAGAGGGAGCCAAUUGCUAACUGGAGUAUGGAUCCAGGAUAUCAGAUUGAGCAGAAAAGACCAGCUGAUUCUGGAGACACCGCAGUGCUUAGCCUGAGUAUUGUCAACCUUCCCGUUGGUGUGAGACCUUCAAAGAAUUUGAACAGUAGUCUCAGCAAACCCUCUAAGAAGGGUGGUUCCAGAGAUGAAUCAUUUUUCAACUCUAAUAGCUCAACAAAAGGCUCUGGUGAUACUGCUGCAUCUACCCUGCUGUCUGAGAAAUAUGCUGACUUUACAAAGCAAAGAAACUUAUCCGCUCGAGCAGCGUCUAUGCUGGAAGCUGAAAGAGAUUCAUCAAAAAGGUGGAGUCCUAUUCAGGAGAUGCAGUACAGAGGAGGAUUGUUCAAGGGAAGAUGCCAAGGAGGCCUUCCUGAAGGAAAGGGUCGUUUGGUACUUGGAGAUGGAAGCAUAUAUGAUGGAAUGUGGCACAACGGUAAAAGAUCUGGUCUUGGAACAUUCUACUUCAAGAACGGAGACGUGUUCCAAGGCACUUGGCGAGAAGAUUUGAUACAUGGAAAGGGCUGGUUUUAUUUCCACAAAGGUGACCGGUGGUUUGCAAAUUUCUGGAAAGGAAAAGCAAGCGGGGAAGGACGGUUCUAUUCAAAGUCGGGUGAGAUAUUCUUUGGACAGUUCAAAGAUGGAUGGCGUCACGGAGACUUCCUCUGUAUAGACGUGGAUGGAACAAGAUACUCUGAAACUUGGGACGACGGUGUUCUAAUUGACCGGAAGCAAAUGGACGCCGGAGAUUGAAAUCGUCCAAGCACACCCUUUAAAAAAGUAUGUUGUAAUAUGUAUAGUGCAGAUCAGCUUUUGUCCUUUUUUCUCAGGUGUAUUAUUACAAAACUCAUAAAAGUAUUCCUUUGACUUA